CCAAAACCAACCAUGGCUCGCAUCUUCAUCACCGGCUCCAGCGACGGCAUCGGCCAGGCUGCGGCCAAGAUACUUGCCGAUCAAGGCCAUUCGGUCGUCCUUUAUGCUCGCAACGCAGAUCGCGCUUCCUCGACAGAGCGAGCAGUACCUAACGCCGAAGCUGUACUUGUUGGCGACCUUGCGAUCAAUUUUUGAAACCAAGAAACUGGCAGAAGUCGCCAAUGCAUCCGGGAGCGGGGCGUUCGACGCCAUAAUUCACAACGCAGGCAUCGGCUACGGUGCCACGA